UAAGCCCGCGCAACCAUGAACAAACUACACUCGUCCCGCUUCUCUGUUCCCGGUGAAUAAAGCAUCCACAAGCUGUGCUCUGCAAAUUCAAGAGCAAAGCUUUGAGCUAUCUGAUCACUUCAAUGGAGGAACCACACGUGCCUAGCACGAGCAGCCACUCUCUCAAUCUUUCGACGAAUUCCAGCGAGGAAACUGUGUCUCCGAAUGCCCUAGCUUCUAUGAGAUCUCUUAUCGUCAAUCCUUCCACUCCCGAGUCCACAAUCUCUUCAAUCUUCGAGACACUAACUCGCUCUCUCCAACUCAGUACCAACAAGCUCGUUCUCCGCCAUAUUCUCAAGCUCCUGUACGACCUGGCCUCUCACCAUAGCAGCCUUUCCCGCCUCGUGUUCGACUCGGUGCGUUCUCACUCACUCCUCUCCACCGAGUCAGCACGCCUCGCCGUGGAGGCGCUCGACGUGCUCGCUUCGAUCGCCGAGCAUGACAGAGCAGCCUUGGUUCCCGCCAUGGAUGAGCUCGACGAGGGGUUCUUCGCCUCCCUCUGUUUCAGUCCCUCAGCUUCCUUGCGGCCAUGGCUCCUCAGGAAUGCCGAAAGGUUGCACGUGAGGCCGUAUCUCUUAUUCACUGUAUUUCUAGGGUUCACAAAGGAUCCUUAUCCGUACGUGAGGAAAGUUGCUUUGGAUGGUCUGGUUGGUCUGAGUAAGAACGGUGUAAUCGAGGAUCGAGGAAUGAUUAGGGGUUGCUAUUUCCGUGCCGUUGAGCUUCUAACGGACAUGGAAGAUUGUGUAAGAUCAGCUGCUGUACGUACGGUCUGUGCUUGGGGUCAAGUGCUCGUAGCCUCCAAUCCGGAGACAAAAGUGUAUUGUUCUGACGACGUGUUUGUCAAGCUCUGUUCUAUGGCAAGAGAUAUGAGCAUGGAGGUGAGGGUUGAAGCUUUCAAUGCCCUUGGGAAAAUAGAGAUGGUAUCUGAGUAUAUUCUUUUGCAAACCCUGUCGAAGAAAGUUCUGGGGAGUAAAGAAAACAUAUGUCUUGGCCAGUACUACACUGAACAAUUUGAAAAAUUGGCAUCCGAUGCUGCUGGAGCUUUGGUGCAUGGACUUGAAGAUGAAUUCCACGAGGUGCGGAAAUCUGCCUGUCAUUCCUUGCGUACACUCACUGUCCUCUCUGCUAAGUUUUCUGUGGAAGUGUUAAACUUAUUGAUGGAUGUACUGAAUGAUGAUUCAAUGGUUGUUCGGUUAGAAGCCUUGGAAACUGUUCACCAUAUGGCAACCGCUGAUUGUUUGGAGGUGCAAGAAACACACAUGCACAUGUUGCUUGGCUCUUUGGUUGACAAAAAUUCGACCAUAAGAUCUGCCACAAGGAAAAUUCUUAUAUUAGUGAAGCUGCCAGUUUUCAAGUUGUUCAAAUUAACUGUUGACGCCCUUCUGGAAAACUUGGAAACAUAUCCACAGGAUGAAGCUGAUGCAUUCUCUAUUUUGUUUCAUAUUGGUAGAAAUCAUGGGAGAUUUGUACUCUGCAUCAUUGAGGAGAUUUCUCAACAGAUAGAGCCAACAUCUGAAAGCAAGUUGAGCUUUGAUAGUGCUAGAGUUGCUGGAUUGCUAGUUUUGGCAAUUUCUGCUCCAGUCUUGCAUGAUUGCAAUAUUCCACCUAUAAUAUUUGCAUAUGCAGUCACAUUUCUUGGAAGGAUCUCUCAUGCUUUGAGAGAUGUUAUGAGUCAAAAUACCCUUUUGGCUUAUUUGUCACAGCGGAGUAGAUCCACAGGAUUACCUACUGUGGAGUUCAGAGAGGGUCACCCAUGCUUGUGGUCAUCUAAAAGUGAUGUUCCAGAGAACAGUAGCAAUGAAAAUUUUGGUUCUUUUCCAAUGGAGUUGCAAGAAAAGAGAGAUGGAACCUCCAAGAUGCAGUCUCCAAUAAUGAAGGAAUCAAGGAAGCUAGCAACUCCACUUGUGGAAUACCAGCUGGAGGUUCAUGAUGAAGUAAUCGACUCGAUGAAUGCUAUCCUUGUGAAGGUCAAAGAUCUCUGGCCAUUUGUACAAUCAGGGCAUGUCAAUAGAGUACUGAGGACUUUGAGGGGUUGCAAGGAAGAGCUGGCAACAUUCACCUCCAAGACUCUUGCACCUGCUGGUGUUUUAAUUUUUACAUUGCUGUAUCUCAAGACAAUAGAAGUGUUAGUCAAGGUAUGGGAACAAUUCCUGCCUCAAAAAUUUCUACAUUCUUCUAGAAUGGUAACAUUGGACCUUUUAUUUGGUAAGCUAGACAGGAGGCUUAGAGAAUUGAGGACUAGAUUUAUAGGCUUGUCACCAGAGGAGGAGUUACAUAUCUUGGAGUUGAUGCUUGUCACUUGUAUGCUCAAGUUGUCUAAAGUCGAAAUUUGCUGCAAACUUGUUACUCUAAGAAAGCUGUCUAGUACAAUAUCACAAGUGGAGUCUCUCCUUAAGGAAGGAUCUGUUGAACCCUCCAAUUUUGUAAUUAAAAUUGGAAAUUUAUCAUCUGAAAUUCACUCCUUUGUGGUUGACGGUUCCAGCAAUCCAUUUCCAUUUAAAAGGUUAUUGGAAUUCUUCUCCCUUAAAGAAUUUGUAUUUUGCGGAGCACUCAAGCACAUCAAGGCUGAAAUAGAUGUUCCUGAUAAUAACUUGGAAAACCCUAUAUCUUUUGUUUCGGGACUUCCUGUUGGUAUACCAUGCCAGAUCACUCUUCAUAACAUUUUAAAGGAGAGUAGAUUGUGGCUGAAAAUGAGAAUGGAUGAUGAGUCAACUCAGUUUGUCUCUUUGGAUUCGAGCAUUUUCGAUGGUUGUCAUGAGGUCAGAAGGUUCACAUUUCUGGCACCCUUCUACAGAACCCCGAAAUCAAUUUCUUUCACGGUUAGGUUAUGCCUUGGUGUGGAAUGUCUAUAUGAGGAUGUUCAAUUUGUCAAAAGCUGUUGGGGCCCAAAACAUGAACUGACAUAUCUUUGCCAAGAAAAGGAAGUUUAUUUUUCCAUGGUGGGAUAAAGCUGAGUGGUUUGGUUUAUUUUUCUUCACCAGAUUGGAAAAAUAUGCUUUUGUAAAUUAUAAGUUCCGGAUGCCUGUUGGCUGAAAGUGACAGAUAGAAUGAUGUUGUGUGCUUUGCUGAUUUCACAAUGACCGUUACAAGCUAUCUGAUGAGAAGCAAGGUCUGCACCCACUGUGUUGUAAUUCCAUGGAAACAUGGGUUUGAGUAAUAGUACUAGGGCCGGUCAUUCUACAGUUUCUCAGACGCAAUGAUAAUUUGCAAGUUGGAGAAAUGGUCUCAUCCCUGCUGCCUCUACGACAUUGUUCCAAGAAUGUCCCUGCUGAUCGCACUAAUUUUGUGGUUUGGACUUUGGACAAUUUUGUUGAAUGUGGAGGUUCCCUGGAAGCAUGGUCUGUUUAUUUCCUCUGCAGAUCUUUCCAAGGGCAGAAAGAGGAAACAAGCUUUUCGCUCUAGAAGAUCAUCAUGUUUCUCCUUUGGUAGAGCAGCGCAACCAGCUGGAAUGAUUAUGCUUCAACAUUUUGAAAUCUAUUGUUUUAUUUAUUAAUUUUAUUUUUGGAGGUAUUUGACAUUCCAUGAUCCGAGUUUGAACAUAAUUUAUGGCUGAAACGAAAUAGGUGUUCACGGCGA